GCAGCUUUCGGACUGAUGUUGCACCCUCGAUGUCCGGUUUGGAAGACGAACAGACCAUGAGCCUGGACAUGAACUUCUUCCCGCCGCCUCAGGCGCAGGCUGCGCUUCAUCAGAAUUUUAUCUUAUCAGAUGAUGCCAAGUCAUCAGCAACUCUCUACCAACGCUCAACCCGCGAUUGCGAUAUCGGCCUGACCGGCUCAGGCUGGGGAGCGGCAGCGCAGCCAGUUCACAGUCUCAGCCCUGAGUAUUACGACAGCUUCACCCUGGCUUCCACGUCGGUUGCGACUGAUGCGGACGGUCCUGGCUCCGGGCUCACCAGUCCGACCCAGGACCGCAAGAGGAAUGCCUCCGUCGCUGGCCUCGAGAGCUCGCCCAACAGCGUCGAGUCGCCCGACCACAAUGGCGAUGUCCAUACCCGCGAUGCCCGCCGGCGUCCUGUAAAGAGAGCUUGCAAUGAAUGUCGCCAGCAGAAGUUACGAUGCGAUGUUGUGCAAGAGCCUUUUCAGACAUGCAGUCGCUGCAAGCGGCUGUCGCUCGAAUGCAAGAUUGAGGACAACUUCAAACGCGUGGGCAAGAGAUCACGGAAUGCAGAGAUGGAACGCGAAAUCAUUGAGCUACGCAAGCAAGUGGCGGCGGCACAACAACAGUCAGGAGCUCUGUUGAAUGGAGCGCUACAGACCAGCACACCAAGCUUCUCUCCAAGGACCGGGACUGGUGCUGGUACUUUCACCCAGGAUGCCGCUGCCGCCGGCCUCCUCGACCUGCGAGGGGGUGCAUUUGAGAAGAGCCCAGGAAGACAGAUAUUCAAGCGUCUCGAGGAUGUGACUUUGACGUCGGAUCGAGUCCAGGAGCUCUUCCAACGCUUCUUCACUUUUCACCAUCCCUUUUUGCCUUUUCUCAACCCCGAUCGGACUCCGGACGAAUAUCACUCAAGGUCGCCUCUAUUGUUCUGGACCAUUAUCUUGAUAGGCGCGCGCCACUACACACCUGAACCUGGACUGUUCAAUGCCCUCACCGGUCCGAUGACGCGACUGCUGUGGUCGACCAUCUCGGAGGUGCCUCAAAACUACCAUGUUGUCAAAGCAUUGGUCUUGUUGUGUGCAUGGCCUCUACCGACAAGUAGCACGUCGACGGAUCCCACUUUCAUGAUCUGCGGAAUCAUGAUGCAGAUAGCUCUGCAGCUUGGCUUGCACCGACCCACGCAUGCCCAAGACUUCAGCAAGUUCCGCGUCGAGCUCCGAGAAGUCGAGCUACAAGACCGAGUGGUGGUCUGGAGCGUAUGCAACAUCGUCGCCCAAAGAAUAUGCACGGCAUAUGGGCAGCCACCGCUGACAAUCUACGACUGGACUCUUGGCCCCAAGCCCAUUGAGACCAAUCCCAACUAUGAACUGCCCGCUCCCAUCUUCAAUCGCCUCCUGAUCGAAAAGUUUGUCGACAAAGUCUCUCGGACACUGUACAUGAACCCGCAUGACCCCGUCGGACUUGCCACCGACCUCGAACGGCCGACUUACGUCUCGUUCCUGACACACGAUCUAGAAGAGCUGGAAGACAAACUGCGCACCGACACGUCGCCAAUCACAAAGAUCUAUCUCAAAGCCGCGGCAUUGCACAUGAGACUCAGUGCCUUCUUCUCCCCUCCCUCUCUCCCAUCAUACCGCGCAGACAUGCUGAAACUGUACUACGCCACGAUCGACUUUUUGGAGAUUUGCUUGAGCUUGGAAUCGAGUCUGAGCGUCAACCUGCCCUCGUCUUAUCAACAUGGUCUGUCGCUAUCACAUGGGACCAACUACAUUUUCCACAUGAUGUUGGCAGCUGGCUUCUCGCUGCUAAAGCUGAUGCGCAGCUUCCUCAGUGAGCACGAGCUUGACCAGAAGGGCGCAUCGGAACUCCUUUCCCGCACGGUCUGGGCACUGCGAAGUAUGAGCGUGAGUGAAAACGACCUUUUUGAGCGCCUGUCCGAGGUUCUGGCACAGGUGUGGAAGAGUGGGAAAGCCCCAGCUGGCUCUGGUGUCAAUAACAACAACAAUGGCAGCGACAGUGAUGUCGACGACAGCCUUCAACUCAAGGUCAAGUGUCGCAUGUCCAUGUCUCUGGUGUUUGACUCGGUGUGGCGAUGGCGCCGCAAUUUCCACUUCAAGGGUGGAAAACCCUCUGACUUAAGAGACCACGGUACCAGCAUGCAGUCCGAUAGCCAGAUUGUCAUGCCAGAGACGACCUCGGCCUCGACCUCGACGUCUAGGGUCCAUGAUCCCAUGCUGUCGAGCUCGGCCAUAGUCCCCGGGAUGGCUGGGAUGGCUACCGGGAUGGUGGACGAUUUGAGCAUGGACUCGGGUCAGGCCAGUUAUGAUGUUUUUGAUCCAUUGAACUGGAUGCUGGAUGGUAUCGUUGAGUUUCCAUAUAACUUCAACACGGUGCAGAAUAAUGAUUUGUCUGGGGUAGACUCGUUGGGAGGGGGGUUAUAAAACAGUUCAGUUUUGCACAUUGUGCUGCAGCCGUGGCCGGGGGCAUGGGGAAGGGGCCGGGGUGUUUGGCUCUAGAUUUGAAUUUACAAUGUUCAAGUUGGCCGUUGGUGGGCUGGGAUGGGCAGACCAUGCUCAGCCAGAUUUGGGUCGAUAGAUCUAUGGUCCUUUGAUUUCUUUGUUGAUAUGGGACUGGGCUGGGGAGGGGGCGUGGUUUGCAACUUGAGGGCCUACUGUUACAGCUUACACACUGCAGCGUUGACGACUUUCACUCUCAGAACCGACCUGAUAUUGAUACUCCUUAAGAGUGAUGACUUGAUUUGAUGACCAGAACGAAUAUAUUAUUAUACACCCGAUA